UCAGUCAUUUAACAGUUCUGCGAGAAUUUAGAAGAAAGAAAGAUAGAAAAAGCCAUGCUUGAGAGGAAUGUAUCUCGUACGAUCUGUCAUCUGUCAGAUUUUUGUAUUAUGUCAAUAUUGUGAAAUUGCGACAAGAAGGAAAUGUGGAAAUACAUUGUGCAUUAUGUAAUGCAUUCUUGAUAAUUGCGAGGAAAAAACGUUUCUUUCGUUGCUGUCUUAAUUUUGUUGUGAAUGUUGUGAUAAUGGAGUCUUGAAACGUCAACAGUCGUUCUUUAUUUGAAAGUCAUUGUAACAGUCCUGUGUAUCAUUGCAUAUGAAAAGAACAGGAUGGGUAAAGCGGAAUAUACCUGAGCCUGAAACAAUCGCUGGACACAUGUAUAGAAUGGCAAUGUUGUCUUUUCUAGUGGAUGGAAAAGAAAAUUUAGAUAAAACUAAAAUAAUGCAAAUGACAUUAAUUCAUGACUUAGCUGAAUGUAUUGUUGGAGAUAUAACACCUUUUUGUGGUAUACCACCAGAUGAAAAACAUAGGAUGGAAGAUGAAGCUAUGGAGGACAUCUGUAAGCUGUUGGGUGAUAAGGGACCUGAAAUAUUACAAAUAUUUCGUGAAUAUGAAAAGCAAGAGUCUCCAGAAGCACAAUAUGUAAAAGACUUAGAUAGAUUAGACUUGUUAAUGCAAGCUUACGAAUAUGAAAAAAGAGAUAAUAUUCCAGGAGAGCUCAACGAAUUCUUUGUCGCGAUUAAUGGUAAAAUCAGACAUCCUUUUAUCAAUAAAAUUGCUAUUGAUAUAACCGAGGAGAGGGACAAAUUAUUAAAUCGCAAUUCAAAUGCUACAAAAUAACAAAAGUCAUGCUCUAAAAAACUGGAAGAGGAAGCUUCCAGAUAGCUCAAAUGAUAUUUUAUGUUGAUUACUAGAUUGUGCGCGAAGUUUACUUACAUGAUUAUUAAUAAUUUAAUUAAUAAUAAUUAAAUUAAAUUUGAGUAUAUAAGAUUUUAUAUAUGAUAGAUAAGUAAGUCUCGAUUACUUGAUUACUUAAGUUAUUCAAAUGUUUAUUGCGUAAUUUAUUUAUAGAUUAACAAUGAAGAAUUUAUUUAUGCGUAUGUAUUUUAUUAUCUCUUGACCCUUAUGUAUUAAUGUCACAUAUUAUUAGUUAUUAUCUACUUAUUUAAAUUGUUAGAGUGUAAAAUAUGCCUAUACUUGUACAUCUCAUUUAUGUUAUUAAUUGUGAUUAGUGUUUAAACGCAACAAAGAAAUUACCAAAUCUUACUUUUUAGACAUUGUAUACAAUUCACAAAGAGAAGAAAGUGAUAAUAUAUAUACAUAGCAUAUA